AUGCUUGGACUUGUCAUCCUGCAGCUGAAGAGACUUGGUCAGUCCAAAGAGCUGACCAACCUGAUUUCCCGCAUCCUCCCGAACCACGACCGCCAAUUACUCAAAGAAAUGGACGUCCAUGAGAGAGAUCUCGCUGCCCUUCGAAAUCACCAUGACCUGCUAUGCACCCUGUUCUGGGCUACACCUCCCGACAUCCGACCGCCUAUUCAUCAGAUCGAAAAACUUGUGGUGCCCGCGAACUCCCACAAGGAGGCUUGUUUGAUAAACAUCCGUGCCUGGAACCAGCUGGCGCGGUUUGUGAUUGCCGCCGAUGAAGGCUACGGUAUCUUCAAGAGCUUCAAUUCCUGGAUGAAAAAUAUCUUCCAUCAAAUGCUAGAACAAUAUCUCUCUGCAGAAACGGACAUGCACAGACAAUUCCAGAACCUGUCAACAGCCAUGAUGCAAGGCAUUAGCCCUGAUAUGGUCAAGGCUAUGACGGCUGCCAACAAGGCAGCCGCGAUGGAUGUGUUGCAUGCGUGCACUGUGUCUUCUCUGGACGUUCUCCGGCACGCCAAGUCCCUUGGGGUGGCAACAUACUGUUUCAGUGUCGACCAGUUGAGUGCAAUCUUCACAAAAAUGGAUCUACCGGGGCCUAAGACGAACUGGAGCAUCCUCAGCACCGCUCUCGACGUUGUGGAUCACUAUAUGGAUCGGCUCGAGAAGGCCGUGGACGAGCAGUACUCCAGUUUGGCGGAUGCCACAGACCCACAAGAGGCAGACGACGCGGUGUUGAUGCUUGAUCACAGGCUGGCCAAAGGGUUCUUCCGUCUGGUCAACACAAUCACACAUAUGUCAUGGGAGGACCUACCAAAGUCCUCCGCCGAUCUACGAGUUGCAUGUACAGAACGAAGCGUUACCAUUGCAGCUCGUCUCGCAAGUCGGUUCAUACAUUCGGGUCUGUACGGCUUGUCCCGGUUCUUUGGAUCCGGCGACUAUUGCAUAUUUGAAAGGUUGCCACACGCUUCGGGCCUCUUGCAGCGCAAGUUCUUGCCUCUUUUCGUAUCGGCUGUGCUGCGGAGCAACGUGUUUGAUUUCAAGGACCUCGGAAACAGUAUCCUAGAGCUGUGGAUGCUUGCCAUUGUCAAGCCGCAGAAGUUCUUGGCUUACGAGAACCGCCUCGCUGACGUUCUAAAGACGCACGAUAUUCCUUUUGUUCGGCGAGCAAAUAUACCCGCAAACGAUAAGAUGCCCAGCUACGACACCAACCGCGCGUAUUUUGCCUGUUCCAUGACGUCCAUACGACAACAGCUGCGGGAUGCAGACGGCGCCACGCGACGACAACAGCUGCGCAGCGAUUUUGCGCGAGCCUUAAAGCUCGUGAUGCAGCAAAUGAAGGAGGACCUACGAUAUGCCAAGACGGAGCCCGUCGAGCACGAAAAGUACAUCGUCUUUGUGCGAGGUGUUGUCGCUUUGAUCCGGUCACACGGCAGUGACAUUUGCUCGUUGGACACCUUCUUCUACGAGCAAAGCCAGGAAUUUUCGCCUUCGCCCGAAGACCCUCAGCUGAGGACCGCCAGUAUCAUAACAUACGGCUUGCGACUCAGUGAAGGCGAGGCUACAGCGGCACCGCAGCUCUUCCAUUACCUACAUAAUAACUUCAAUAUUGCGCUCGCCAACAACAGUCUCGACCAGGAAUGCAAGAUCCUUGAACGGAGCAUGGAAAACGACAACAUAUUCGGAUUUAUGCUGGAACGGAUGCUACCCGCGAUUCUUCGCGCAACAAGCGAGGCAGAAGAAGCAUGGCCGUUGUUGGAUGUGUACUACAGCGCGAUGGAACGGUUUGUCACGCGGUCGCCUGUGCCAAAGAACAUCGGCGAUGACAACGUCACGGGCGGAAUGAUUGGGCUGCUGGAGGACAUUGUGGCAUGGUUCCAGUGGGCAGCAGUAUCUUUGGCAGCCGAUGCGGCGCGUACUGGACUCACAUUUCGUGACGCUGGUUUGGGUGAUGCCACGGAAGGGGCUGGCUGUGACACACAGCCGAUGGUGUUUUGUGUACGGGUGCAUACGAUGGCCCAAUUGGCAGCGCUGGCCAACCUUCUACAGCCGUACUUGAUGACGUGUUCGUGCCUACCCACUGCCCCAUCCAUACAGGCGAGGCUUGACGAUAUCGUUACCGGAUACUACCAGUUUAUCGAGUCUGCUCUGGCCGAUCUCGCACCUGUGCGUGUCGACAAACGAAGACGAUACAUCCAUCCCGACAACACCGUUGCCGACGAACCAAACGAUGGCAACAACCAACUGGGCCCAAAGACUCUGUUUUCAUCAUUCUUGGUAAUCGAAGACAGGACCGUGUCCUCGAGUCUGAGCAAUAGUUGCACCGUCGGGGUGCGCAACGACAACAGUUCCAUUGCGAACACCAUGAGGAGGUACACGGGAGGCAAUAAUCGACCAGGUGACGGGUCACAAGUGGACCAGUUCAACAGAAGGAUCGUGCAACACGUACGCGAUAAUUGGAUUGUGGACAACGGAUCCAUCACAGUGCGCAAAGCUGGUGCGCGACCUGGGAUUGGGAGGGGCCCUGGCAUGAUGGCCGGCUCGGCGACGACGGCAGCAGCGGGCACGGGUGUCCCACUUGGACCGUGGUCCAUGGCUGAGCUUCUGGCCGAGUUACAACUGCAGCUACAGCUCUGGACAUUACGGCCGGCCAGUGCUUACGGCAUGGGACCGCACUCGAGGCGUUUGUUUCCGGGUCGGUUACGGGAGAAGAGACGUCUCUAG